AAGCAGCGGUUGGAUUCCUCUUCUGUCACGUCCAGCGUGGGCUAUUCACCAUUUAUUCAAUAAGUCAACGCUGCGGUUAUAGAUCGGGAGGUGGUCUUACCUUAUUAUGAUAUGUCGUCCCGGCAGUGUUAACCAAGCAAUCAAUCUUCCCAUACUCUCUCAACAGCCGCUGCCCCAAUUCAUGGGGGGAGGAGUGCGAAUUUUUUGGAUGCGGGUGGGCAGACUACUACAGAGACUAUGGUGAAGGCGUUUGAGAUUGUUUUGGAGGAUGAGCGGGUUAGGGUUGUUUUGGUUAAUAUUUAUGGGGGUAUUAUUCGGUGCGAUAUGGUGGCUGAGUCCAUUAUUCAAGCUGCUGCGAGGUUAGGCCCAUUGCGGUGUCCAAUGGUUGUGAGGUUACAGGGGACGAAUUCGGAGGAGGGGCAACGUAUGAUCCAGGAAUCAGGUCUAAAUCUGAUUGCCGAGUCUGAUUUUGAACGAGCAGCUCAGGUAGCUGUUAAGCAGACAAGACUAAUGUGAGACGCAUGGCAUUAUACUUGAUAGUUUCAUUGAUCAAUCUCAACAAAUCAUGGGC